AUGUUGAGAGGCACGUGGUGCACACCCAAGAUUGCUAAAGUGGUAGAGAAAGGGAAGUGCAUUUUGAAAAUACAUGAAGUGUGGCAUUCCCAGAAGAUAAACGUGUCCAAGGACGUUUUGUCGAUUAUGCAAAUACUUGGUUGAAGAUGAGGCAAGAAGCCAGUGGAGGACCAUCUUACGUGCGCACCGAAAAAGAGUUGCAAUAAUACAUUAAUAGUGCGAAGAGUACGAAAGAAACCGAGUGGAACCCAUAUAUUCAAGAAUCCAGCACAACGAUCCCUGGCCAAACUGAAUUCGUUCUGGGCAAAAUUCGGCGAAAGAUUGAAUACACUCGUCGUGACUUCUGUGUCUUCACCUCAGGAGUACUUGUACCGUUUGGACGAUCGUGUCAUGUAUCACGACACGGAUUCCGUGAUCCGAACAAGGUGA